AAGUGCAAAGGGACAGCAACGUGUUGUCGGUCUUUCGCCGGUUUGUUCAGUGUUUCUGGUGCAGGGAAAUGGCCGUGAAGAGUAGUGGUCACGUCGUGAGGCGAUCCGGCCUGAAUAAUGCUGCCCAAGAGAAAACGGCGAACCCGGUCGUCCCGGCUAAUGGCGAAGCGGCUAAAGGGACAACAUCAUUGGAAGGAGGAUCAGCCCGAAUGUCUAUCUUAAUUCUUCUUUCUACCUUCCUCUCAGCUGCUUUUGUAAUGUACCUAGUGUACAGGAAUUUCCCAGAACUUGAUGAGGAGGAGCAAAAGACAAUAGUGAUUCCAAAAGACAUGGAUGAUGCCAAAGCGUUGGGAAAGGUUCUUUCUAAAUACAAGGAUACUUACUAUGUACAAGUAUUAGUAGCAUACUUUACCACAUAUAUUUUCUUACAGACAUUUGCUAUACCAGGUUCCAUAUUUCUCAGUAUCCUCUCAGGAUUUCUGUACCCAUUUCCUUUAGCGUUGUUCCUCGUCUGUCUGUGUUCUGGGCUUGGAGCUUCCUUCUGCUAUAUGCUUUCUUAUUUGGUUGGACGACCAAUUGUUUAUAAAUAUUUGACAGAAAGGGCAACAAAAUGGUCACAACAGGUUGACAAGCACAGGGAGCAUCUUAUAAAUUAUAUUAUUUUCUUGAGAAUAACUCCUUUCCUGCCAAACUGGUUCAUUAACAUUACCAGUCCUGUAAUAAAUGUACCUCUCGGCGUAUUUUUCAUUGGCACGUUUUUAGGUGUAGCACCCCCAUCGUUUGUGGCUAUUAAAGCUGGCACAACCCUUUACCAACUUACAACUGCAGGAGAGGCUGUUUCUUGGAAUUCAGUGUUUGUUCUCAUGAUCUUGGCAAUAGUCUCCCUACUUCCAGUGUUUUUUCAAAAGAAGCUGACGCAGAAGUUCUCAUAACCAUUGCACAAUCUUCCAUCUUAUCUCAAAAUUUGCCUUUGUUACCUUCAGUUACAUGGGGCAUAGUGAAUGUCCACUCAGUGGGAUUGUAGUGAAGGUUAUAUUUCAGAGACAGAUAAAUCCCUUUUAAUUUUUUUUCUAAAAAUAUGCACUUCAAUAAUGUGUCUUUAUUCUUUGGUCAUAAUAUAUUCAGUUUCCAUUUUUAAUUCACUUCUAUCAGCAUCAUCUAGAUCACACAAACUGGGCUACAUGACUUGCCUGCUUUCUGUUUAUUCUUUAUAAUGAAAUUUGUUGCAGAAUAUAACUGAAUUGUGGCAAGGCAUUCCUCAUUCCAGAUAUACUAAGUUUAGCUCCCUUCUUAUUUUAAAUAGAAACCGUUUUUCUCAUGCUGUGAUUACACAUAGUGGAAGCAUUUGUGCAAAGUACGUUCAGAAUUAAAAAUAAUAUCUGCAAUUUUUAUGCCUGUAACAGUAUUAGGAGCAUCAACCCUGCAAUACAUACACAUUCUUAGCAUAUUUUUUGCUUCACACGUUUUUGGUUUCUUUAAGUUUUGAACUUUCUUGUGCAAAUAUUUAUUGGAUUGGGUGGAGACUGGAUUAUUUUAUUAUUUCUGUAUUCAUACCUUGUGAGCUACUUGUUCAAUUUUAAGUGGUAUAAUAUGACUAUUUGUUCGAAUUUUAAUAAAAGUGUAUCUGUAAAGAUCUUUCAACUGCAUUGUAUAAAAUUGUACCUGUUCAUUGAAAAUGAUUGAUCUUUUCAGUU